UCAAACCCACUGUGGUGAUGCGUGCCUGUUGUCCCAGCAUGUAGAGGGCUAAGGAGAAGAGAAACACCUUAGCCCACUCUAGAGUUUGAGACUAGGCUACGCAGGACAGCACACCCUUAAGAAGGAAAAACAAAACCUUAAGUAACCUAGAUAAUCUCCAGACUUGUCUGCACACUAAAGGCGUCGGCAGUGUGCAAAGGAGCGAAGAAUUAAAGUCCUAGGGAAGGGUCCUGUGUAGAGAAAAAGGCCACUUGGGAAAAAUUCAGAGGAAAGUGUGGAAUGAGCAGGUGUGGGGUAGGAUGCUUUUCAGGCCUAAUUCCAAGCAUUAUCUGUGUGGCUAAUGAGCUCUGAGGCCGAUUCCUAUACGUUCAAGAAAGACUACACAGCUCGUGAAUUUUUAAUGCGGUCAGGUCUCUUCUGGAAUCCAGUAAAGGGACUGAGAUCUUUCUCCUGACUUAUGAGAAGCCAAAAUAGUCUGCUUGUGUAGACUCUGCGAACUUUGACUGUAGAGGAAGCGGGCUGUGCAGACAUCGGAUCAUGGGGACAGGUUAUGGUGGUUGUGAGGAAUCCCACACUGGUCCCAAGAUGAGGAGGCAGGCAGGGCUGGAGGGAAGCAUAGGAGUGUCGCCUAAAUGGGGCAUUCAUCUCUGCUCUAUCCGGUUCCCUCCCUCCCCCACUCUUGCUCACCUUAUCGGAUACUUUCCUACUUUUCAGACCUACCUCAUAACUCGCUCUCUCUCCGUCCCCCUCUCCCUCCCUUCACUCCAUCAAGCCAUGCUCCCAAAGCAAGAUCCAAAAAGGUCAGCAUACUUUAAAAGGCUGGUCAUAUUUUCCUCAGAGGCAUUUGUAUUUUAACAGGGAAAAUGAAAUAUGAGGGAAUUCUCAGAGGAAAACGUGGUGCAUCAGCAAAGCUGGAGGAUUGCGAUCUCGGAGAACUGACCGUAUCUGGUCACUGAUCUCCUUCCUGCUAGAGUUCCAAGGAAAGCAGGCGUCCUGGUUCUAAAGAGCCACCAGCGCAGACAGGGUGGAGCUCAGGGAGACAUCCUAUCAGGUUGGAAACUUCAUGAAACAUUUACCUGAAAUUCAGGCUCUCCAUUGCUCAGGUGUGGUCACAUGGCUCCGAGUGCAGGAGGGGCGGAGCAGAGAGGUCGGGUUUGAGAAGCCUCGGAGGGGCUCAUACAGUCACGAGCCCUGGGGACAAGGACGUGGCUGGGGAAGGGUAGUAGGGUCUGGCGGAAGGAAAGAAGAAAAAGCAAGCGAGUGGAGCGUCUACAAAGCCUGCAGGCAGAUUCAUCAUGUGGACACUUACCGUCCUCCUGCUUCUGGUUCCAGGCAGUGGGAAAGCUGCUACUCUGGAGAAGCCCGUACUGUCUCUACACCCACCUUGGACCACCAUCUUCAAGGGGGAGCGAGUAACCCUGAGAUGUGAUGGGUACCACCCUCUGCUGUUGGAACUCCGGCCCAUUAGCACUCUCUGGUACUUGGGCCAUGUCCUUCUGCCUUCCCACAAGAAGAGCAUUGAGGUGCAAGCACCAGGGGUGUACCGAUGUCAGACACGAGGAGCACCAGUCAGUGAUCCCAUCCACCUCUCUGUGUCUAAUGACUGGCUAAUUCUGCAAGUGCCGUAUGCUGCCGUGUUCGAGGGAGAACCCCUGGUGAUGCGAUGCCGUGGCUGGUACGACAAAGUCGUCUACAAGCUUCACUACUACCACGAUGGCCAGGCUGUGAGAUAUUUCCAUUCCAGCACCAACUACACGGUGUUGCAGGCGCGAGCCAGUGACAGCGGUCACUACCAGUGCUCAGGCACCAUGCGCAUCCCAGUGGAAAGUGCGCCCAUGUUCUCCUCCAAGGUGGCCGUGACCGUGCAAGAGCUGUUCCAGACGCCGGUGCUGAGAACUCUGAGCCCGCAGGAGGCGCGGGGCCGCGUGGUGCUGCGCUGCGAGACGCGCCUGCACCCGCAGAAGCGGGACACGCCGCUGCAGUUCGCCUUCUACAAGUACAGCCGGCCUGUGCGCCGCUUCGACUGGGGCGCCGAGUACACAGUCCCCGAGCCCGAGGUCGAGGAGCUCGAAUCCUAUUGGUGUGAGGCUGCCACCACCACCCGGAGUGUCCGGAAACGCAGCCCCUGGCUGCAGCUCCCGGGAAGGGGAUCUGUCCUGGAUCUGGCGUCCACCACCGCACCAGCCCCACAGGCUGCAGCCUUGGCGCCCGGGGACAAACCACUUUCCUUCCGGAAGACCCCAGUGUCGAGAUCUGUCCCAUCAGUCACUUCCGUCCCAAACAGCACGUUUACAGGGCUGCAGUUCCCCGCGGGCCACGUCCCCACCGCCGGGCCACAUGCCUGCGUGCCUCUGCCCACGUCCACGGAUCUGUCGCGCGAAGCUCUACAGCCCAAAGUGGACCUUCUGCUUCGCGAGAUGCAGCUGCUCAAAGGCCUUCUCAGCCGCGUGGUCCUGGGAUUAAAGGACCCACAGGCCCUCCGCGAGCUUACAGAGACCCCUGAGACACCCAAUUCUCUUACUGUGAACCCCAUAACCCCAGAGACCACAGUCGUGGAGAGCCAAGAGGACAGCUAGGCUAGUGUCUUCUCUCCAGGGUGGUUUCUACCCGUCCUUCCCUGCGCUAUCUAGCUUGUGUGCAAAUCUGAGCCGAGGCCGUUAGUGUCCCCUUGCGUUGCUGUGUUUUUGGCUGGUUUGCUGGGUUUUUUUUUGUUUGUUUGUUUGUUUGUUUGUUUUUUUUUUUUGGUUUUUUUGUUUUGUUUUGUUUUGUUUUGAAGAAACAACCCUGAAGUGUGUUGCUGUGGACUUCCACUUUAUUAGAGUGGCGAGUCUGACCUUGUACAAUAGUUUGUAAGUGCGAGCAUACUUUGCCUGUGUGCUCCUCCUUCUAUAAUCCAGAAGUAGACAGCUGUUGUUUACUAGUCUAGUGUAAGUGACUUUUUUUUUUCCUUUGGUAAUUGAAUUCAUUGAGGUUAGUGAGCACUUUAGAACAUUUUUGGAUCACGUUGUCGUUAUUCGCAAUGAAUUUACUAUCUUAUAUUAAAACGACUCUCAAAAUCCUAUUAACUAAUGAGUUUAUAUCUUCAAAUAUCCCGAGUAUGAUUCCAAUUGUAGGAAAGAUUCUAGCGUGGGCUUCUCCCUUCUGACUUUAAGGGUCAGAUCCUGUGCCAGACUCACCCCAAAGGCACCCUUUAUCCUUAUGUGACCAGAGAGAGCCACUCCGGAGCAGCUGAGAAACUGCCAUACAAACCUUAGAGGAACUAACCUUACUCUGUCUCAACCUCCUCACAGUAAAGGUUGAGAACCAGUAGCAGCUCUGUCCUUCCAUUCUUCAAUCUGCUUGGUAGUUAAAUAUUCGGUAACGUGUGAGUUCCCGUUUCCCUCUGAGCAAUUAACCACAACUGACAUGCUCUUACAGUUUCAUUGAUUAUUAUUUAGUGUAUGUGUGUGUGGGUGUGUGCUUGCCCAAGAGUACCCACUUCCCUUGUGGAGGUCAGAGAACACUUAACUAAUUCUGAGGAGGGACAUCCAGAUCACCAGGUUAGUUACCUGAUCUACGGUGUCCUUGAGGUUCCAAUUCCCAACUCUAAUGCAGUCUCCUCCGGGGCAGACUUCCCAGUGUCCGGGCUCUUUUUCCCUUCUGACUUUGUUCCCCUAAGUUGUUUGCCAUCCCUGAUCUAGAUAGGAAGCAGCUACCAUCAGUGCCAAGAUACCUAAUAAUCAAAAUAUCCAUGUCAUUCCAUUCAAUAAUAAUAAAAAUAAUAAUAAUAAUAACGA